AUGGAGGACCAGGAGCAACAGUCUCCUGGAUCCGCCCCGCUGUCUUCCGUCGUGUGCCACUCAGUGCCCGACUGCCACUUCAUGUCGGCCCAGUGCCCCGACAACUACGCCCUCGCCACACAGCCCUGCAUGCUGAUCAAGAGCGAGCAGCAGCAGUUUUGGCCGUCGCCGCCGCUGGGCCCCUGGGACUUUGAACGCGGCCCUUGCUACCAAGAUGUGCCGGCCCCGGCUGGCGCCUUUAGCCACCACUACGACAGCAUGCCUGUGAGUCCCGACAGCUGGCCGUCUGUCGACACGGCUUUUCUUGUGCAUGAAAGGAAGUUCGGAAACCAGCAGCCCCCGGACCAGUGUGAGGACACUGUCGGACUUUGCACACCGACGUCAACGUCGAGCCUCCCGGUCAGCACGUACAGCGAGUUAUCAGGGCUGCCUCUGUCAAUGGAGCCCUUGGAGGUCGCCGCCUUGUCCCCGGAGGAGUUUCUCAUCGGCACGCCUCCUUCGACGGUGGCACCCAAGGCUGGGUCACCGCCAAUCAACCUCAAUGACGUGCCAGAUGUGCACUGCGCUUCUGCACGCGAGACCAGCGUAGAUGCGUCGACGACGGAUGCCAAGCUUGAUGAGCCUUACGCUAAGCUCAUUUACAGAGCCUUUAUGAGUCGGCCAGACUACGCCAUGACUCUACAGGACAUUUACCAGUGGUUCCGCGACAACACCACCAAGGCUGUGAGUGUCAAAGGAGGCUGGCAGAACAGCAUCCGGCACAACUUGAGCAUGAAUGCCGCAUUCACGAAGCGCCAUCGCAUGGAAGAUGACAGGGAGUUUAGCUCCUCUGUGGAAGACGCAAAACGCGCAAACGAAUGGGUGCUGGAGAACUGGGCUGUGUGCUACGGCGUUCAGAGCACGACGCGGUACCGCAAGGGAAACUCGCGGAGACGCAUCGGCGCGCAACCUGCAAGCCAAAACUCCAAACGGCUAGUCCAGCACAGUGCCAAAAGGGCCAUGUCUGGCCGGAAAGGCGGAUGCGCCGCCAGAGACUCUAGGCUGCGAGGCCGUGCCUUCUACCACGGAAAACCAGUGGGCCGAGCCGCCCGCUAUGGCAUCGAGCAAGGCUGCUUCUCUCCUCCACGAUCGGUCUAUCCAGAGCUAUACUCGUCCGAGACCAUGGCCGUGUCGCACCUCGACUCGGCAGCCCGUCGGCACGCGCUGUCGAUGCAUUGUGGCUACAACGGACCCAGGCCUCACGACACACCCGAUACCAUGGCCUUUCCUCUUGCCAUGGACGAGCACAUCCUGGCACAAGGAAUGUGCAACAUCAACGAGCAUUGCGGCGCCAUGACUUGCCGCGGCGACGGCAUGGCCGCCUCCUACGCGAUGCCUGCUCAAGGCGGCUUUCUGUAUGGCAUCAGAGACGUGCACAUGGGCUACCACGGCGAGCAACAUGUGGCCGAAGAGAGCAGCUCGGCACGCUUGUUCGAGCCCAUCGAUGACGGGGCCUACGACUGGAGCGACGGCGGCGACUGA